GUUAUAGUCUUCAGACUUGAAACCACCCGGACUCGUUAACGAGCGGCACCAUACCGUUCCGGUUUCCCGUGGACGGAUAAGAAACUGAAAUUUGAGUUGUGUUUGUGGAGAAGGAUGGCUGUCCAAGUGCCAUUUGUACUAAAACACUGUCGAACUACGCUAGAGCGUACUGAAAAGUUUAUUUCUUCCGAAUAUUUCACAGAUUGCAACCUACGGGGAAGGCUUUACAGUAGUAGAUGUCCUUUAGACUUCCUUUCCAGUUUCCUGACUUCAAAACGAAUCUCUUACACAGAAGCUAUAAAACAAGAAUUUAAGCCUGCAAAUGUUGGCGAUUCCUUUGGACCGACGUGGUGGACAUGUUGGUUUAAAGUACAGCUAACUAUUCCUAAGGACUGGAAUGGCAAAGAAGUCCAUUUUUUGUGGGAGAGUGAUGGAGAAGGGAUGGUUUGGCGAGAUGGACAUCCUGUACAGGGCCUCACUACAGAAGGCCAGAAGACCAGCUACAUAUUAACUGAGUGCUUAAAAACAGAAGAUCCACACAGCAUGAUUCUUUAUGUAGAAGUGGCAUGUAAUGGACUUUUCGGAGCUGGACAGGGCUCCAUGAUUGCACCUCCUGACGCCAACAAGAAGUUUUAUUUACAGAAGGCAGAGCUUGCAGUUUUUAAUGGAGAUGUACAUGAGCUUCUAAUGGACUUUGAAAUUCUGAUUGACAUGGCCAAGCUUCUUGGAGAGGGCAACCAGCGAAGUUUCCAAGCACUGUAUACAGCCAAUCAGAUGGUGAACAUGUGUGAUGUCCAAGAUCAUACCACCUUUCCUGCUGUACACAAAAUGGCUAGUGCCUUUUUUAGCCAGAAGAAUGGAUACAGUCAGCAUAUAGUACAUGCCAUGGGACACUGUCACAUUGAUUCAGCCUGGUUGUGGCCAUAUGAAGAGACAAUCCGCAAAUGUGCUCGUAGCUGGAUAACUGUUAUACGCCUCAUGGAGAAAAAUCCUAACUUCGUAUUUGUUUGCUCACAGGCUCAGCAGUUUGAAUGGGUGAAGAACUCGUACCCAGAUCUUUAUUCCAAAAUCCAGGACUAUGUGAAGAAGGGUCAGUUUGUUCCUGUUGGAGGCACAUGGGUAGAAAUGGAUGGCAACUUGCCUUCAGGAGAGUCCAUGGUACGCCAGUUUCUUCAAGGACAGAGAUUUUUUAAGCAGGAAUUUGGAAGGCAGUGCUUAGAGUUCUGGUUACCUGACACAUUUGGUUAUUCUGCCCAACUCCCACAGAUAAUGCAGGGCUGUGGCAUAAAGAGGUUUUUGACUCAGAAACUUAGCUGGAACCUUGUCAAUUCAUUCCCACAUCACACUUUUCACUGGGAAGGAAUCGAUGGCUCUCAGGUCCUGGCACACUUCCCACCUGGUGACUCUUAUGGAAUGCAGGGAAAUGUUGGAGAGGUUUUAAAAACUGUAAAGAACCACAAAGAGAAAGGUCGGGUGAACCACAGUGCAUUUCUUUUUGGCUUUGGAGAUGGAGGAGGUGGACCCACACAACCAAUGCUGGAUCGACUGGAAAGAAUGCAGGACACAGAUGGCCUGCCUAAAGUUCAGAUGUCAAUACCAGAUGCGUUUUUUUCAGCAGUUGAGGCAGACCAAAGUUUGCUUUGUACGUGGGUAGGAGAACUUUUCCUGGAACUCCACAAUGGCACCUACACAACUCAAGCUCAGAUUAAGAAAGGAAAUCGGGAGUGUGAACGUAUUCUGCAUGACAUUGAAGCUGUCAGUAGUAUGGCCCUCUCUCAGAACCUUAGCUUUCAUUAUCCUUCUUCCAAACUGCAGCAUCUGUGGAGGUUGCUCCUUCUGAACCAGUUCCAUGAUGUCUUACCUGGCAGCUGUAUUAACUUGGUUGUAGAAGGUGCACUGAGGUAUUACCUUGAGAUCCACAGAGAUGGUGCUCCACUUCUAAAAGAAGCAAUGACAGCUGUUUUGGGUUUCUGUGAACAGAAGUCUGCUGCAAGUGUCACAGCUUUAAAUACACUUUCAUGGGAACGAACUGAAGUCAUUACUGGGUCUCAUCAAUCAGGACAAGAUUCACUAGUUCUUGUGAAAGUUCCUAGCAUGGGUUAUACAACAGUGACAGAAUCACUGGUACCACCACAUCCCGUUACCAUUUCUAAACAGUUGGAUGGUUCUGUUACCAUGGAAAAUGGGAUCCUCAGAGUCACGUUAGACUCAACAGGACGCAUUACAUCACUUUAUCUAAUUGAGUCCAAAAGAGAAUCAGUGACUGAAUCUUGUUUUGGAAACCAGUUUGCGAUUUUUGAUGACAUUCCUCUGUACUGGGAUGCUUGGGAUGUGAUGGACUACCACCUUGAAACAAGAAAGCCUGUUGUACAUCUCUUGAGUCCUUUGGCCAUUGCUUCAUCUGAUAAACUUCGUGGGAGUUUGAAGUUCUCUCUUCGGAUUAGUGAAACUAGUGUAAUCCACCAGGAAGUAGUAUUGGAUGCAAUGUGCCCCUAUGUUAGGUUCAACACAGAGGUCAUCUGGAAUGAAGCUCACAAAUUCUUGAAGGUAGAAUUCCCAGUAAGAGUUCGUAAUUUGAAUGCAACUUAUGAAAUUCAGUUUGGGCACUUACAGAGACCAACGCAUUGGAACACAUCUUGGGACUGGGCUCGCUUUGAGGUGUGGGGACAUAAAUGGGCUGACCUGUCAGAACAUGGAUUUGGAGUGGCUGUGCUAAACAACUGCAAGUAUGGAUACUCCGUACAUGAAAAUGUCAUGAGACUGUCAUUGUUGAGGGCACCCAAGUCUCCAGAUGCCACAGCAGAUAUUGGCCACCAUCAGUUUAUCUAUGCUGUAAUGCCACAUAGAGACUCUUUCCAAGAGGCCGGUGUCAUUCAGUAUGCAUACAAUUUAAACUUUCCUCUUCAUGCUGUGCCAUGUGAAGCAAAGGCUAAAUGUUGGAGUGCCUUCUCUCUGCUUUCCCCGGCUAUUAUCUUAGAAACUGUUAAACAGGCUGAAGACAGGGCUGAUGCCUUAGUAAUCCGACUCUACGAGUCUCAUGGAAGCUCAGUGAACACAACUUUGCAGACUGCACUUAUUUUGAAGGAAGUUAUUCAGUGUGAUCUUCUGGAGCAACCAAUUUUGGAUAAAACAGUGCCAUUAACAGAGUCAGGAAUUGAGCUGUCAUUCACGCCAUUUCAGAUCAUCUCCCUUCUUCUAAUUCUUAAAAUAUAGUACAAGAAGUUCAUCUCUUGUACAUGACUGUCGGUCUAGUUUGUGAAAAAGGAUGUUUUAAUCUACAAACAACUAUGGAACAUUAAUGUCACACAAUCUGAAAUAUUCCACAAAGCAGCAGAUUAUUUAGAAAACAAUUUGGAUCUCUUCAUUCAAGGGUAGAAGUAGCACUUUAAAGAAAAGAGCUGCAUUAGUGGUCUGUCAAGUUUUAUUAUACUGAAGCUAAGCAGAUUAUUCUUCAGAACUGUUUUGGGCCUGAAAAAUCAAAUAGAAAACUACUCAUGUAUUUUUAUCAAUGAAUCUUUCCAACGAGCAGACUUAUGCUCAGGCUCACAUUCAAUUUUGGUGUGUAAAUACUUAUUACUAGUCACAUUGUUUUCUGAAACAAAAUUGUAAACUUUUCUGAAUAUUUUUCAGUUGUUGCUUUCAAAAUAAAAUGAAAAUGUGGAAAAUGCA